AUGGUGCGAAUAACAUCGUUGAAGCUUCUUCAUGUUCAAUCACUUCUUUGCAUAUUUUAUAUUUCAUCCUUUAUUUUCGGGUUGUUCGUCCCUUUGUUGGUAGAUUUACUGUCUCUUCCUUUUUCGAGUAUACAUGACAUUUACAGGCUUUUCACUUUUCACUUAGUGACAGAUGAGAUUUGUGUUUUCAUUUUUACAAUUCUGGCCAUUUUUAUUUAUGCAAAGCUUGUAUUUCAUGUAUGGAGCAGAACUGAAAUACUUUUCUUCUAUUGGUUCGUAAAUACAAGUGCCGGAAUACUUGCGAUUUUCCCAGAGAUUUUCUUUGGUAAUAACAUUUUUGUCAAACGUAUCAAUGGGAAUUCUGCAUUUUUGUCUUCUGUACUCAUAGUUCUUAUCCAACUAAGUAUGGAUCAAUCGCUUGUAAAGAUCAGGGGUUUUGACUUUAAAUCUCAAUAUGGUCUCCCCGCUGUGUCGAUUACAUUUUUGUGUUUGUGGACAGUAGGGUUUAUCAGGCUCUCUUCUGGUAUUUUGUUUUGUUAUGGGAUCCUGUGUAGUUGGUGCUACCUUCGCUUUUUGCAACGUCAUCCUCAAGGAAGGAGAGGCGAUUAUCGUCCAGUAUUCGCGUUCGCUAGACUCUUCCCCGAACCAAUAGACAAAGUAGUCUCGAUUCCUUCCAACGUUUUUUAUCAACUUCUACUUCGAACCAAGUUUUGUCCUGGACUAAAAAGAGAAAGUGAAGUUACUGUAGAACCUUUACUGACCUUCGGCCCACAUGGAAUGGUAUCUUCUGAUCCAGAACGGCAUCGGCGCAUUGCUCUGAAGGCUCUAAAUGAACGCUUCGCAAAAGCUGGUGUUUCUUCAAGGGCACAAAAUGAAGUCAUCGAAUGGCCAAGCCUGAUCGAUCCUGAUGACACACAAAAGACGGAUAACAACAAGUCAGAUGAAUCCAGUGUGAUAAUCGAGUUGCCAACUAUUACGAAUCCUUCAAGUACUGAUACUUUAAACACAUUAAACUCAUCUAAUGUGUGAAUCUUGAGCUAAGGAGAUAGUUUUUAUACAAUUUAUAUGUGAGAUCCUAGGUUUUGUACCAUAGUUUUGACUUAUUUUGUUCACUUUAUUCAUCCAAUAACUUCUUUACACUUGGUUUU